AAGAUCUGCAACAAAACAUAAUUAUUGUAACAUAAAUAAUUAUCAUAAUAAAUAAUUUUCAUAACAUGGAGCGCUGCAAGUGGCAGCACUCCAUGUUGCCUUCACCUGAGUCUUCAGCGCCAACUUCAUGGGCUUAUAUUUCGGUUAUUUUCAUCAUGAGACUGACACCAGUAUCACUGGCCUCCGUGUAUUACAUCAACAAUGUCCGACCAAAGAAUGGACGAAGACCCACUCGUCGCCCCUUCCCAUUUACCAAUGAACUUCCAAUCUUCCUGAGAGAUCAUGUGUCUGGGAAGAAUGAUAAACAGCAGAGGUCCAUGCCAUAG